UCUUGUUUCAGGCUGAUGGAAAACUACACCUACAACAGCUUCACACUCCGGCUGGAGGGGCUAAAGGUCACUGAGGACUCCAUGUACCCUGUCUUUCUCUUCUUCCUUUUCUCCUACUUAUUUAUUAUCUUAACAAAUUUGGGGAUUGUAGUGCUAGUGUGCAUUGAAAAGAGCCUUCACCAGCCCAUGUAUCUCCUUUUUUGCAAUCUUUCAUUCAACGACAUCCUUGGCAACACCAACAUGCUGCCCCGGCUGCUUUCAAACAUGCUGGUGCCUCCCUCUGAACGCCUCAUCAGCUAUUACGAGUGCGUGCUGCAAGCCUUCACCACACAGCUGUUUGCCACUGCCUCUCACACAGUGCUCAUGAUCAUGGCCUUUGACAGGUAUGUGGCCAUCUGCAAUCCCCUGCGCUAUGCUACCAUCAUGACCAACAAAAUGGUGCUGAAGCUGACUGCCUGUGCUUGGGGAGUGGCCUUAGUUUUGGUGGCCGUUCUGCUCGGUCUGACCAUUCGACUGAGCCGAUGCAGGACUGUGAUCAAGAAUCCUUACUGUGACAACGCCUCGCUGUUUAAGCUCUCCUGCGAAAGCGUCUUCAUCAACAACAUCUACGGCCUCACCUUCAGCGUGGUCCUGCUCACAGCCUCGAUAGGAAGCGUAGUCCUCACCUACACAAAGAUCACAGCGGUCUGCCUGACCAGUAAAAACAAGUCUUUGAACAGUAAAGCCUUGAAGACCUGCAGCACUCAUCUCUGCCUGUAUCUGAUCAUGUUUUUCAGUGGCAUGGUUCCCAUUGCCCUUCAUCGGUUCCCACAGUACACAUAUGAAAGGAAAGUCUCGAGUAUUCUGUUCCAUGUAAUCCCUGGAGGCUUCAACCCUAUGAUUUAUGGCGUACAGUCCAAAGAGAUACGCAAAUUCUUGUCCAAUGUCUUUCAGUCCAAAAAACGAUUACUGUGA